CCGGCGGUGGAGAGCGAUGGCGUCGCCCGGGGUCUUGAGGCGGCGCUUCUUUCGCUGCGCCUGCUUCUGCUCCGAGAAUUUCUUCCUACCCCGCUACCAGCUCCACGUGCGCUACCACGGGGAGCAGCAGUUACUCAAAGACUACGGCCCGGCCCUUAAGAGCCUUGGCUGUGUGAGUCCUGAGGACUUUCAGCAGGUGCUGUCCGAGCUUAACAAGGAGGUUCAUCGGAGGAAGCAGCUGGUUCAACAGGCCUCAGAGAGGAAAGCCAUCAUUGCACGCAGCUACCGGCCCCUGCGGCCCCAGGUGUAUGGCUUACAGGAGGCGUUUCUGGCGCCUGAGUUUCUGGCUGCUGUUCAGUACUGUGUGACCCCCGGUGCUGACCUCCCGGGCCUCUUGCGGCACAUCGAGACCUUAUCAGGUGAGAAGAGGAUUUUCCGGCUGCCAGUCUUCACCCAGGAUUUCUGCCAGAUGCUACUGGAGGAGCUGGAGCACUUUGAGCAGUCAGACAUGCCCAAGGGGCGGCCCAACACUAUGAAUAACCAUGGGGUUCUGUUGCACGAGCUGGGUCUGGAUGAGCCCCUGGUGACUCCCCUCCGGGAGCGCUACUUAGAGCCCCUCAGCGCCCUCCUGUACCCCGACUGUGGAGGGGGCCGGCUGGACAGCCACCGCGCCUUUGUGGUCAAGUAUGCCAUGAACGAGGACCUGGACCUGAGCCUCCACCAUGACAAUGCUGAGGUCACCCUCAAUGUCUCACUGGGCAAGGACUUCUCCGAGGGCAGCCUUUACUUUGGGGACUUCCGCCAGGUGCAGGGUGCCAACUUGAAAUACCUGGAGGUGCCACACCUGCGGGGCCAAGGGGUACUGCACCGGGGCGGGCAGUUGCACGGGGCCCUGCCCCUGGAGUCCGGAGAGCGAUGGAACCUCAUUAUCUGGAUGAGAGCCUCCACUAUCCGCAACCAGCUCUGCCCCAUGUGUGGGCGCCCGCCCGAGCUGCUGGAGGACGAGGGCUACGGGGAUGGCUUCACCCGGGAAGAAGGGGAGCCCAGGACCGUGGAUGUCUGCACCCUGACCUGAGCGCUGCCAGGCCGCCAGCGGCAGUGAUACCCCCAUUCUGGGCAGGACCAGGAGCCCAGACGGCCUGUCACGGGGGGCCUUGGGGACACCAACGAUCAGGAAGAUGCCUGGGUCCCCCAAGGAGGCCACCUUAAGGAAGGAGAGCGAGACACUGAUGGCUUGCAGCCCCGAUGGUUGGGACAAUAAAACACGACUGUCUAA